GCUAUAUUGGUGUUACUUGUUCUUUUAUUAAUGAUAGUUGGAAGCUUUGCGAAUUUGCCCUAACGAUUAAAUACGUUCGAUAUCCACACACAACUGAACGUAUAAGCGAAAUAUUAAGUGAUAUCAU